AUGGCAUCCUUGUUUUACCUUUUGAACGACCUGGUGCAGGGCCUCAGGGGGACAAAUACCACAUUCCUCACAGACAAGGAAGUCCCCGGCGCCGAUCUCACCGGCAAAUGGAUCAUCAUCACGGGCGCCAAUAACGGCAUCGGCUUCGAAGCAGCAAAGUCCUUCGCAAGAUGGGGCGCCAAUAUUAUCCUGGGCUGUCGUGAACCUCCUGAGUGGGAACAACAUCCCACAGCUGCGGUGAAGGAAUGUAAUGAGAUCGCCCAGGCCCACGGCCACUCGUCGACGAUCGAGUGGUGGCCCGUGGAUAUGGCCGAUCUUGAAACCGUCGAGGCAUUUGCCCAACGAUGGAUCGCCACUGGAAACCCUCUGGACAUCCUUUGCAACAAUGCCGGCAUUGCAGUUGCUCCUCUGAAUGCCAAAACCAAGGAUGGAUUCCACCCAGUUCAUCAGAUUAAUUAUCUCUCCCAUGUAUUGCUAACCCUCCGCCUUCUGCCAUCUCUCGCAGAGCAGAACCCAGGACGCAUAGUGUGCACCACAUCAUGCUACCACCACCUCGGCACCUACAACGCAGACCUCGAAUCCAGCGCCACCCAGGAGGGAAACCCAUACCGCGAUAAUAAGCUCUUCUACCAAAUGUGGCUUACAGAGCUACAGCUACGCCUACUCAGACACCCCAGCUACAAGGGCAUCACCGUGAACGGAGUCAACCCAGGCUUCGUGUCCUCGUCCAUCUGGACACCCGUGAAAGAGAUAUACGGUCGAAGCCUCCAGUUCCUUCUCAGCUAUGUCGCUAUCACCCCACAACAAGGCAGCUUGGCGGUCACAUACGCGGCUACGAGUCCCGAGUUUGGACCCGAUCCGAAGACUCAGGGUAUCGGUGCGCCUAAUGGGCUUGGAGGGGGUAGAUAUAUUAAUCGCAUCUGGGACGCGACGCCGAAGCGACAUGUUAAUGAUCCGGAAUUGAGGUCGCAGGUGUGGAUUAAGACGGCUGAGAAGUUGAAGCUUUCGGAGAAGGGUCUCCUGGAUGUCUUGGGUCUCUGA